AUGGUCACAGACAAUGCAAGAAAUAUAAGUUGUUUAUUCAAUAAUUAUAAUUCCAAUGAUAUCUUACAUCACUAUUUUUGUGCAGCCCACACAUUACAAUUGGCCAUUGAAGAUGCUUUAAAAGAAAACAAUAUGGGAAGUUUAUUAAAAAAGUGUCGGUCAAUCGUUACUCAUUAUAACCACAGCAACAAAUCUUGGGGACGUUUACAACAAAUCCAAAUACGAUUAAAUCUUCCAAACCAUAAGCUCAUACAAAUGGUUGAAACUCGUUGGAACAGUGUGUAUUUAAUGUUGGAGCGCAUUAUAGAGCAAAAAGAAGCAAUUGUAUUCGAUUUGGUAAAGGAUAUUGAUGUUACAGUAGGAGAGUGGGAACUUAUUAAUGGAUAUGUUGAAAUAUUAAAGCCUGUUCUUGAAGCAACAAAAGAAUUCAGCCAAUAA